AUGGCUAAUCAGUCCAAUGAAAGAAGUUUCAUUCUGUCAGGAUUUAAUGAGACAAUGAAUUUCAGAGUUCCCCUCUUCUUGUGCACAUUACUUUAUUACUCUAUGAUUUUGUUCUUCAAUAUUUCUGUUGUGCUGCUCAUUGUCUUUGAUGCAAACCUGCAUGAACCUAUGUACAUUUUUCUGAGUAGCUUUUGCAUUAAUGCACUUUAUGGGUCCACAGGUUUCUACCCAAAAUUCCUUUCAGAUUUACUGUCGUCUUCCCAGAGAAUCUCAUAUGAAGGGUGCCUUUUACAAGCUUUUAUCAUGUACUCAUUUGUCUGUAGUGAUUUGUCCAUUUUAGCUGUUAUGGCCUUUGACAGGUAUCUGGCUAUAUGUCGACCUCUGCACUACCACUCUUUCAUGACUAAGAGGAGGCUCUCACAGCUGGUGUGUUUCUCCUGGCUGACACCUUUCUGCAUUUUCUCCAUCAAUGUCAUAUUAACAACAAGACUGAGGUUAUGUGGUUUAAACAUUCAGAGAGUCUUAUGUCUAAAUUGGUUAAUUGUUAAACUUGCUUGUCCUGAAGCUGAUACCUUUUCAAACAACAUUAGUUCAUAUGUAAUACUUGUUGUUUAUCUGUCUCAUUGGCUUUUUAUUAUGUGGACUUACAUGCAUCUUAUUAAAACAUGUGUGAGGUCCAGAGAGGAUAGGGUAAAGUUUAUGCAGACCUGUGUGCCCCAUCUGAUCUCUUUGAUCACAUUACUAGUGGUAAUGAUUUUUGAUUCGAUGUACUUGCGCUUUGGCUCCAGAGAUUUACCUCAAAGCCUCCAAAACUUCAUCACUAUUGAAUUUCUCAUCAUCCCUCCAGUUAUGAAUCCUCUCAUUUAUGGAUUUAAACUCACCAAAAUACGAAACAGAAUUUUGAGCUUAAUUUAUUUGAAAAGAAAAUGA